CCCCGGGGGCGCGCAGCGUGGCGAUCGGUGGUGUGCUGAGUACCGAUCAACGGUAAAAGCCGAAGACCUCGGCUCUGUCAUGUGAUCAGUUGUGUCCAAUAACAGUUGAUCGCAUGGGACAUGUACACUGAUCAUCAGGGCACUGAUGAUCAGUGUGCCCUGAUGAUCUGUGUAGCCCCAGCAAUACCACCUCUCAGUGCCCAUCAAUGCCAGCUGUCAGUGCUCAUCAAUGCCACCUGCCAGUGCCCAUCAGUGCCACAUCAAUGCCACAUAUCAGUACCUACCAGUGCACAUCAAUGCCACAUAUCAGUGCCCCUCUGAGCUGCCUUUCAGUGCCAGUCAGUG